AUGUCCAUACUCACUUCUCCCAGAGGGAAGGUAGAGGUGAUUCAUUGCCGCAGAACAGAAUCACAGGAUAUUUAUUGUAUCAAAAACCUCAUCAGAAAAUUUACCCAGAAACUGUUUGGGAGACUUAAUAUCAUCUAUCUUCUAGAAAAGGCAAACCUUGCCGUCACCCUCUGCAAUGACAAAGAGGAGAUCAUGGCCCAGGCCACCUUCGUGGACUAUCCCAACUGGAAUGUUGCCAGGCAGGAUGGCUGGAUUUCUGUGUUCCGUGAGAUGGACAAAGACCUCCCAUGCACACCUCUGAACACACUGUUCUUGCACCUGUUCGUGGCUGUUGAUGAGUAUUCCACUGGCUGCUGCAAAGAGAUCAUCAAGACAGUGUUUAAGACUGUGCCAGAACUGCACUAUAUAUUCCUGAUAGUGCCAUCCUUCAUGAGUCUAGGUUCAACUCUCAUAACUGUUUUUGACCAAGUGGGCACCGUUCCGUCUCUGUCGUACAGUGAAGACUUUGCAGUAUAUAUAUGUUACAGGGAAAAUCAUUACCCCCAGCUACACAUUCGCAGAGCCAGGGUGGAAGACCAUGAUGACCUCAUGCCAAUAUUUAUGCGCUAUGACAAUAUUCUGAAGGAAACGUAUGGUGAAUACUUCCUCGCUGAACUAAUAGAGGCCCAAGAUGAAGAGAAUCACGCUGCUGUGUGUGAGGUGGAAGGUGUAGCUGUCGGGUUCAUGAGUGUGUGUUCAAGAGUGAACAUGACAUUGCUCCAUGAAUGCUUCGACUUGGGGCCUUUCCACGGACUCUGUGUCCCACAUCCUGAUGAUGUUCUGGAACCACCACAAGCAUCAAAUAUUGACAACAGUCAAGGUGCUGUUUUCUCAAAAUCCUCAAGGUCACGGGAACAAGUUCCUCCAGAGGUUUUGGAGCAAUUUCAGAUGAGGAAACUGAGGAUCCAUUACUUUCGUAGCCAGUUGGCAAUGAGCAAAAUCAUGGACGAUUUGAGACUUGAUGAAUCUCUUUCAGCACUGAGCGAUAGUGACAUACAGGUUCCUUAUAAUGUCAUUAGUGUCCACCUGGAAAACCCCAAGAUAAGCUCUUCUUCCUCCAACCCUUCAUUUAAUGGCAUUUGCAAAGUCCCUUUGCUCUUUAAGGACAUAGGAAAACCAUUCAGUGAUACUUCCAUUGCUGGCAUAAACUUGAUCUCCAGCAGUGAGAGCUCCACUCUCCAGUUGUGGCCUGAAGAGCCCAGCAACUUUCACCCCACCUAUAAGGGAGCCUCUGCAGUCUUUUGUAUUCAGCUAUUUUGUAUUGAUGAGAAAUAUGAAGCAAGGUCACUGGAUUUUAUGAGUUUUGUUUUCAGUCUUUUUCCUGACAAAGACUUCUGCAUGAUUUCUCUGCCCCAUCUCACUCCUGAGUUUGUCCUCGUCCAGAACUUCGUGAAGAUCAUCCCCUUCAACAAUUGUAGCCUCAACCAUGACCUCUAUGUCUUUCAUCGGGCUGGAUUGCUCAAGUCCAUUAAUAUACGAUUAGCUAAUAUUAUGGAUACUUAUAAAGUUGAAAACCUUGUGAAAACCCUUAUGCUGAAUAAAAAAAUCCUGGAGGAUUUUGUCCAGUACAAUGCAGCUUUCAAAGAUCUCGAGGGAACACCAAUGAGGACAUUUGUGGCUGAAGUUGCAGAACAAAUAGUUGGCAUUGCAGUGAUCAAAAAUGAAAUGGAUAUAGAAUACAUACGAUCUCAUUACAACAUUGAAGAUUUUAUCUACUUCAGCCACCACCAGCGAGAAGAACAUGGGCACUUGUUUCAUUUUGCGCUGAACCCUAUUUUCCGGCACUACACAAAGUUUUUUCUGAAGGAGAUUCUUCGCUUGGACUAUAAGUCCUGUCUCUACUACCCUAUUUACCCGCAGACUAGGGAAAGCAAGUUCCAGAACCCCUACGCCCACUCGCUGACAUCUGCCCUUCAUUACUUGGUUCCCGUGCGACCACGACGACAGAUUGUCUAUCCUCUGGAAAAGCUUGGCAUAAACGCUCCAUCAAAGUCGGUCUCCAAGGAUCUGUCGGCUUAUGCCUUGUACCAUACCAACAGAAAAUUAACAUUGGAACCUAAAAUAACUGUCAACGCCAGGAUUGUUGUGGUUGGUGCCUCCAGUGUUGGAAUCUCCUUUCUAGAGACAUUGGUAUUUUGCUCUCACCUGAAGUUUAAUAAUCUCACCCUGAUUUCAACUCAUGGACUCCCAGGGAAAAAACCAUACAGUGAAGAAAGGAAAUUUUUAGCAAGCGACCACUGUUUUAAUGAUAAAGAUUAUGCAUUGAUGUCACUCUGCUCCUGGGUUAAUGUUGUGGUUGGUAGAAUGAUUGCCAUAGACCGAGCAGCCAAGCAAAUCGUGCUUUCCCAGGAUGAAAUUAUGUUCUACGACCACCUCAUUCUCUGUACUGGGCAGCAGUACCAGGUCCCAUGUCCUACCGGGGUGGAUCUUAGCGAACACCCCACCAACAGAGAGGUUGCUGAGCUCAGUAAGCAGCGGUACACUGGGAAAGUUCCUCCCAAUCUUUUCAUUCUCAAUGAUGAGGAAGAUUGCCUCAAUGCCCUGACUUGGAUGAGGAAUAAUUCCAUCAUCACAGAAGGGAAUGUCAUUGUCUAUGGGAACACACUCGAUACUUACACCACUGUGGAAGCACUCUUACACAUUGGCGUGAGGGGCUCCUGCAUCUAUCUUGUACAUCCCCCACUGAAAUCAGUCACCACCUGCCUCAACAACAGCACAGUGGAAAAAGCCGUGGCUGAAGCACUCGAGGAGGCUGGAGUCAUCACUCACAAGGAUGCGCUGCUGGCUCAGUGGGAGAUGGACCCAUUCUCAGACUUCAUCCACACUGUCUACUUCACCACCUACACCAAACCUUUCAGCCUUCCAUGUUCUAUAUUCUUCAGUUUCUAUGAGAAGAAUGUGGAUUAUGACACAUUUAAAGCCUUCAACGAUGCAUGUCUCGUGUAUGAUGGCCGGCUAGUGAUUGAUACCAACUUCCACACCAAUGACAUAGCCAUUAGAGCUGCUGGAUCCCUCACCAAAUUCUCUAACAGAUAUUAUGCAAAUGACUGGACUCACAGCAACUUCAGUUCCAAAGAAAUUGGAUUCCAGCUGGCAGCAGCUAUGCUCAAUCUUUUUGACCCAACUCUUGAACCUGUGACUGAGCCACCAGCUGAUCUAGACCGACUCAUCCCCAUGUACAAGGGCGCCAAGAUCCAAGGAGGCAUUCUUCCUGGAUCUUACUAUUAUCUGCAUAUUGCCAAACCUGCCAUUCCAACUCCUUUGGAGGUACUGAUGGCGCAGCCUGAUUUUGGCUCACAACUGAUAACAGGUAAUGCAAAAGAAGGGACAUACUUCCGUAUUCACAUUAACAGGUAUAGAAUAAUAGAGACGAUCACCUGUCUUUCUAAGACACCUUUUCCUGUCUCCAACUACCUCCGCCUGUUCGGCCAGCAUGAGCAAACCCUCAACAAUCUGAGUGAUCGUUACGAUGACAAAUUGAUCUCAGAUUUCUACAGCUACUUCACGGAGUCGUGGUGCCUGGCCGUAUUCCACGAUCGGUUUAUUGAUCUCAGGAAAGAGUUACGCCAAAUCUUAGUCUCCAAGGAGGAGGAAGGACUCCUUUCCAUGGAGCAGCUAGCCCAUAAGAUAGAAGAUGAGGAAAUAAGCCUGGUUGAGAAGCCCAGGGAAUACCUCAAAAGAGUUUUUGAGGACUCCAUCUACAAAAGCCUGGUGGAGAAGAGCAUCCUGGAGUACCUGCACUACAAUUAUUACCACCUGCCCAUGUAUGCGUGGCCGGGCAUCAUUUAG